AUGUUUCAAGGUGAUGAAUUUGGAGAAGGGCGUGCACAAGGCCGAGGCCGAGUCCGCAAUGUGAAUAAUCUCUAUGAAGAGGUGGCGCCACAGGAAGAACAGGUUGACCCCGCAACAGUCAUUAGAGACGAUUGUCGUGUGCUAAAGCUGAUCAAGGACAUCAGUAGUCUGUCAGCGCCGUCAUUUCAUGUGGGCCUGGAUCAUAUGGUAGAAGAUCACUGGAUUGAGAGUAUGGAAACCUACUUUGAGAUGAUGGUGUGCUCUAGGAUAGAGAAGAGGAUGAUAGCCACAUUCUUCUUAAAAGAUGAUGCUAUGGAUUGGUGGAAGAGCACAAGACGGACAGUGAAUGUGUCUACUAUGACCUGGGAUGAUUUUACGACACUCUUUCGAGAAAAGUACUUUGCAGCUACAGUGCAGGAGGAUUUAGAACUUGAGCUCCUUGAGCUAGUACAGGGAGAUAUGACUAUCAGGGAGUAUGAAGCUCGUUUUGCACAGUUGUAUUGGUUUGUCAGACCAAUGGGUGCAACCUCCUUAGUCCAGAAAUUUCUACGGGGACUUAAGCAAGAGUACAAGACCAUCAGAUCAGCACUUUGUCUGUCUACAAAAGAGUUGAUGUAUGAGAGUGCUAUGAAUUUGGAACAGGCGAAUAAGACUCGCAGAGGCGAUGUGGAAAAUAGAGAUACUAGAGGAAAAGACAAGGCAAUCAGUUCAGGCAACGGGUCCUCAAGACCAAGAGGUGGAUCUUGGAAGUGGCCGAGACCCCAUUACCAGAUUCCGGCUAAAGCGGCAUCGCCAUCUACUAGGAUUGCACAUGUUAAACAAUUAGCUUAUGUAAGGUGUUUCUUUUGCAAUGAAAUGUGGCACUACGCCACAACUUGUCCGAAAUCGAAGAGAGCAUGCUGCUUUAAGUUUGGGCAACUGGGACAUAUGCUAGAGACUGCACCCGACCUCCGUAGGGUAGACAGGAACAUCAGCAGAGACAGUUACUAG